GUGAAGGAAAGAGGAGUUCGCGCUCGUUGUAAGGGGAAAUGGCUCGCACCAAGCAGACCGCUCGCAAGUCCACUGGCGGGAAGGCUCCGCGCAAGCAGCUCGCCACCAAGGCAGCUCGGAAGAGCGCUCCGGCCACAGGCGGCGUGAAGAAGCCUCACCGCUACCGCCCGGGCACCGUCGCUCUGCGCGAGAUCCGCCGCUACCAGAAGUCCACGGAGCUGCUGAUUCGCAAGCUGCCUUUCCAGCGCCUAGUGCGGGAGAUCGCCCAAGACUUCAAGACCGACCUGCGGUUCCAGAGCUCAGCGGUGAUGGCUCUGCAGGAGGCCAGCGAAGCUUACCUGGUGGGGCUCUUCGAGGACACCAACCUGUGCGCCAUCCACGCCAAGAGGGUCACCAUCAUGCCCAAAGACAUCCAGCUGGCGCGCCGCAUCCGUGGCGAGAGGGCUUAAAAGGGAGCCGCAGCCUGCCGCUCUCCCUCGCCGCCACCCACCCAAAGGCUCUUUUUAGAGCCGCCACUCCUUCAACAGAAAAGCUGAAGUCACAUUUCUGCCACGAUUGUGUGCCGCUUCGUCCUUUUGCAGUAUAUGUCACCUUAGUGUCGCUAUAGCCAUGUAAAAUGAAUCUUACUGAGGUGCGACAUAUCCGAAGAAUUGAU